UCUGCCGUCCACACGCCGCCAGAAGGUAAACACCGUCUCUGUCUCUCUCCCAUUCUGUCUAUUUCACUGCUGCACAGAUGAACUGAAUGUUUGCUUGUGUUUAUAGUGACAUAGAGGUAAUUAAGAAUGGCAGGAGUAUACAGAACUCUGUGCGCUGUGCAGCGAGACAGCUGUGUGGCUCUACUGAGAUUGCCGUCAGUUUUACCGUGUUCUACCAGAGCCAAUUUUUGUACAAGAAUCGUAAAGAAACCACUACAUGGAUGGGAGGAUGCACAAAGGUUGGUUUUGAUACGAAAGUUUGGCACCAAAGAAAAGGAGACACCGAUUUCCAACACCGAGACAGAAGUUGAUAUUGGACCUGGCACUUGGAAGGAAAUUUACCACGGGAUCCUUUCAACUCAAAUCAGGAUGGUGAAAACAUUCUCACUCUCCACAUCUCUGAUGGGUCUCAUGGUCCAGCCAGUCCUCAUGCAGAAAGUGGUAGGAACUCAUAUGGGCGUGAUUCUUGCUGUUGGUUCCUUUGUUGGGUUCUUCACCUUCAUCACGCCGUUGCUCAUUCACUGGAUCACAAAGAAGUAUGUGACGUCUUUGGAAUACGAUCCGAAGAGAGAUAUCUACUCGGCAACUACUCUCUCCUUUUUCUUGAGGGAGAAAAAGAUUCACUUUCACGCUGAUGAUGUUAAGGUGCCGGAUGUUCCUGGGAUGUUUACAACAUUUCUCGUUAAAAACAAACCAUUGUUUGUAGAUCCCAAAAUGUUUGAAAAUGUUGAACAUUAUGGACGUUUAAUGGGCUACGAUAAGCCAAUUGAUUUCCAUCUUGGAGAUCCAAAUAAGAAAGAAUAAAAAAAGUGGCAGGAACUGAUAUGGGUGGUAAUCAAGAAAUUGAAGGUAUAAAGUAAGGAGGCUGACAAGAAGGUCAGCAUAGGAAGAAAUCUAAACACUGAAGCUUGAUUUUGAAUGGGUACAGUGUAAGCUGCAGGAGGCAAAUGAAGGUGAGGUGUUGGCUGUGUUUAUCUGCGAAGGGUUGUAGUGGUAUCACUUGGAAUGCAGUUGUUGGUAUCUUCAAAUAUAAUAUUGUAACAUAAGGCAGGAUUUUAGUUAAAGUAUCCAUUCUGUUUUAAAAUUGAAAUAGGAAGUACAAAGAAAUUGGCACCUUGCUGGUGUGAGGUAUAUUUUAUGUUCAUUGUGCAGUUCAUGUAAUAUAAAGAUAACUUGGGAUGGUUUAGGAGUAGUCUGGCAUUAACAAAUGGCAGAUUCAUUGUGGUAGUUGCUCUUGAAAGUUUUGAAUUACUCUUUGUUGAUGGGCACAGAUGGCAGGACUGUUAAUACAAUACAGAAAUGAAACAUUGUUGUUACUCCUUUACUGACCGACUAUGAAGCCCAUAAAAGGUUUCAUACAUACUACUGUACAGUAUCUGAAAAGCAAUGACAAAUUUCAGGCAAAUAGGAAGAAAUUUUUCUAUUUAUUGAUGGUGAUUAGGGCAUGAAUAUUAGCAGAGUAUACACUUGACUUUGAGAAAGGUCUAUAGAUUGUUGUUGGAAUGUAGGAAAGAGUUUUGUGUAUAUGUAUACAUAUACCAGAUUAAACGUUAGGUAAAUAUUUCAAAUACAGGUCCCCUUUGUAUGAAUGGGCAUUAUAGAUGCAAAGUCUCUCCCAAGUCGCUGUUUUUGUGUGUGUACUGGAUACCUGUAUGUAUAUAGGAAUGACCCACAAUGUAACGUAUUCUGCCCCAGUCAGUAGUACUGUGAAUGGUGUCAAUGGCAUAGUAGUUUGGUUGUUAUCCCUAAUGUUUGCCAGAAAGGCGAUAAGAGUACAUCAUGUUGAAUCAGUAGUUCAUUUGACUGGUGUUGGUAAUAAAUACAAAUGGGGGAUUGCAAAUAGAGCACAGAAUGUAUAUUAAUGACUUUCAUGAUAUAAUUAGACCUCGUAAAAAAACCCAGCAAAGUCCAUCAUUCAAUAUUGAUAAUAUGGAGUUGUUGUCCGUUCUGCUUAUGCGUAUGGAAAUAUCAAUUAACAUUAGAAGAAAUGUAGUGUACUUAGACUUGUUUAGAAGGGGGGGUUGCCGUCUGACAAAUGAAGAUCUUUUCCUAGUAGUUGAAAAGUUAAUGAAAUGUAUUUGUACUCGUGAAUGUUGCAGAGAUAUUAAUGCAAUAAAUGAGAGGUUGGUAGAAUGUUUUUCCCAAAACUCCAGGGGGGGUAGGUGGAAAUGUGAAUGUUUGGUAAUAUGUUUAUAUGUAUGUAUUAACACGAUGUACUGAACGGGGUGAGAAUAGCUUGAGGUACCUCAAUAAACUUAUUUCAAUUCCACGGGGGGAGGUAGCUUGUAAGGUCCAAAUUCCUAUGAAGCUGUUUACUGUUAGAUAAACAAAUGGAACUUGAGGUGUGGAAGUGAACCCCAGGACCUUCCAGUCUUUGAUAUGAUGCAUUUAUAUUGGGGGUCAAAUAAAUAAUAGAAAAUAUUGUGUGUUUGAGGCCGUGCAUGGAAGCAUAGUGUAUAAAUCAAAACACGUGGAUAUACUAUAUAUAUUUAUUAUGCUAGUAUAUAAUAUUUACAAAGUUGCAAUCAGUUUUGAGCAAUAAUUGGAACAAAUAUGUACAAUAUAUUGUAAGUGGCAAACAUCAUUCAAUAAAAAACUGUCAGAAAUGCUGAAAACGAAAAUAUUGGUAUGUACAUGUCAACACACUUGAAAGGCAUUGGCG